AUGUAUGAAUCCUCUAAAAAGGAAUAUGGUGGACUUUCUGAUAUUUUUAGUCACGUUAUAAAGAAGCAAAAUAUUGGCGCAUAUGAUCAACAGAUAUGGGAAAAAUCGGUAGAGCAAAGAGAAAUCAAGGGUUUGAGAAACAAACCAAAGAAAACAGGACAUGUGAAACCAGACCUCAUAGAUGUUGAUCUUGUAAGAGGAUCUGCUUUUGCUAAAGCAAAACCUGAAAGUCCUUGGACCUCUCUGACCCGCAAAGGAAUCGUGAGAGUUGUUUUCUUUCCAUUCUUCUACAGGUGGUGGCUACAAGUAACAUCGAGGGUCAUCUUUUUCUGGCUGCUUGUUCUUUAUCUUCUGCAAGUUGCUGCUGUGGUGUUAUUCUAUACAGCCCAAAGCCCACAUAAUAUACCUCUGACUGAAGUAAUUGGGCCAGUAUGGCUGAUGUUGCUCCUUGGAACUGUGCAUUGUCAGAUUGUUUCAACACGAACUCCUAAGCCACCUCCCAGCACAGGGGGUAAAAGAAGAAGGAAAUUAAGGAAAGCAGCACAUUUGGAAGUACAUAGGGAAGGAGAUGGCUCUAGUACCACAGAUAACACACAGGAGGGAACAGUGCAGAGCUACGGUACAAGCACCUCUUGCAGUAUUGGCGCUGUCUUCAGAGAUAUCUGGCAUGCUGCUUUCUUUUUAUCAGGAUCUAAGAAAGCAAAAAACUCAAUAGAUAAAUCCACUGAGACUGAUAAUGGCUACGUGUCCCUUGAUGGGAAAAAGACAGGUAAAAGCAGUGAAGAAUGUAUGCAGAACCAGGAACGUCGGUGUGAAGUGAUUAAGCCAGAGGACUCAGGGUGGAGCACGGCAGCAGUGAGAGAUGCCUUCAACAAUCACAGUCAUCACAAAGAUAUUCACAGGACUGCAACAAAUUUAUCAGAUGAAGUUUCUAGUGAGGAUGGGCCUGAAACUGGAUAUUCCAUACGGCGCAGUGUAGAACGCACAUCUAGUGACUGCACCCUUCGAAACAGGAAAUCUCACCAUUAUAAGAAACACUAUCCUCUGGAGGAUACUCCUAAAUCAGGUACUAGCUGCAGUUCUCGAUGUUCAAGCUCUAGACAAGAUUCUGAGAGUGCGAGACCCGAAUCGGAAACUGAAGAUGUGCUGUGGGAGUACCUCUUACACUGUGCAGAGUACCACUCUUCCUGUAGCAGUGAAACAGAUGUAGAAAGCCCUCAAGUGAAUCCAUGUGUGAAGAAAGAAUUGAGAGAUGACCCAUUUCACCAGAGUCAUUUGCCUUGGAUCCACAGCUUGAAUCCAGGACUAGAAAAAAUCAGUGCAAUUGUAUGGGAGGGUAAUGACUGCAAGAAAGCAGACAUGUCUGUGCUUGAAAUCAGUGGUAUGAUCAUGAACAGAGUGAACAGCUACAUACCAGGAAUUGGUUAUCAGAUUUUUGGAAAUGUCAUCUCCUUAAUCUUGGGUUUAAUGCCAUUUGUCUUUCGACUUUCACAAGCGAAAGAUUUGGACCAACUAGCUGCACAUUCUGCCACUGAGCUCUGCAUGACUGCAUUUGGGUCAAACGGAGACAUUCUGGUGCUCUCCAUGGUUGUUAUCAGUUUUGUGGUCCGUGUGUCUCUGGUGUGGAUUUUCUUUUUUCUGCUCUGUGUAGCAGAGAGGACUUAUAAGCAGAGGCUACUUUUUGCCAAACUUUUUGGUCAUCUAACAUCUGCCAGAAGGGCAAGAAAAUCAGAGGUUCCUCACUUCCGUUUGAAGAAAGUACAGAACAUAAAAAUGUGGCUUUCUCUCAGGUCUUAUCUGAAGCGUCGAGGCCCUCAACGCUCAGUCGAUGUAAUAGUUUCAUCUGCUUUCCUCCUGACUAUCUCAGUUGUGUUCAUCUGUUGUGCACAGCUGCUUCACAUGCAUGAGAUCUUCCUUGAUUGUCACUACAAUUGGGAACUCAUAAUUUGGUGCAUUUCACUAACUCUUUUUCUCUUAAGAUUUGUUACUCUUGGAUCUGAAACCAGUAAAAAGUACAGCAAUACCUCAAUAUUACUUACUGAGCAGAUAAACCUGUACUUGAAAAUGGAGAAAAAGCCUAACAAGAAGGAGGAACUGACACUAGUGAACAAUGUUUUAAAACUUGCUACUAAGUUAUUGAAGGAACUGGACAGUCCCUUUAGGUUAUAUGGGCUUACGAUGAAUCCACUGCUUUAUAACAUCACCCAGGUUGUCAUCCUAUCAGCUGUUUCUGGUGUCAUCAGUGACUUGCUCGGAUUUAAUCUGAAGCUCUGGAAGAUCAAAUCUUGACCAUACAUAAAGAAGAUGAGAUUACAGUGUUACAGGAAAGCUCACUGAUUGACAAAACUGCCUCAAAGCAGCCAUUGAAUCUGUACUUCAGAUGCUACAACCUUUUCAAGGAUGUUGUUUGGAAAAUUGAAGUGUUUACAUCUGUCUUGUGCAAUCUUUGUAUUUAUUUCACCUUCUCAGUUUUAUGUUCAUUUGAGUUGACAUUCAGAUUUUAUUUUCAAAUGUAUUUGUUUUGUCUUGAAAAGGGUCAUAUUAGGAAAAGGUCAAAAACUGUGUGACUGAGAACUUGGAAUCCUGGAAAUGGAUCACACUACCUAACUGUAUCUGUUGUUAAAGCUGAAGCCAAUGCUGAACAUUUUUAGUUGGGAUAAGACUGUAUGGAAGUGUGGCAAAAUGGGUUAGAAUAUUUAAUUUAUGAGGACAACACACCAUCAGCAGAUGUUUGGUUGCAGUAGAAAAGUGAGGCAUAGACAACAAAGAAACUCUGGACAAUGGAGCAUGACAGGUAAGCAGAAAUAGUUUGUGUUACUAUUAGAGGCAAGUGGGAAUUCUGAAUCUGAGUAAUUCCCAGCAUCUAAACUGACAGAGGCUGCAGCUUAAAACCUCCAGGAUAUUAAUAAGGUAUUCUAUAACAAGUCAACAAGUGCUCUUUGCUAACUCUCCUUAGAGCAAUAACUGUACAUGGUUACCAUGCUGUAUGAUAUUUUGAUAAAUGAGAUAGUGUAUUUAUUUGAAAUGCUGGGCUGUCGAGCGCAGCUCUGACUCUGCAUGCUCGAUAUCUGCACUUUUUGUUACUUUUAAGGAGAAACUUUAUAUAUAUACAUAUAAAUGUAUAUUAAUUGGAAUAUAUUAUGGUGAACUGUGGAGCAGUAUAUAUUAUAUGUUGAAGUUGAAUAUUUAAACAAGCAAAAGAUGUACUGUUGAAAGGAAUGCUAUGAAUGAUUAAGCAUAAGGUAGAUAGAUGCUCUCCUCUUGUACACUAUAGUAUAUGCCAUUCAUACCACACUGAAGUUUAAGAACAGUUAACCACAGAAAACAAGUUCCUCUGUUGAGCAGCAGAGCUCAUGAAGCCUGGAGCUGCGCCGGUUUGUGUCUUCAGACAACCUCCCUUCCUCCCAUUCCUCUGCAGCAGGGGUCAUUCCCCAGUGUUUUCCCCCUGGGGUUUCCCAGGGUUGGGUUUCCCAUCUUGCAAAAACAGAUGUUCACCCUUGUAGAAUUAUGUUACUUGGAACAAACUGCAGAGCUACAAAUUAUUUUGGGAGGAUUAAUAUCACCAGGUGCAAGUAUUCUUACAUUUUGUGUUUCUAAAAUAGUGGUUUCCUAUUGAAGAAUCUGGACUUUGCACUGUUUGCUAAUCUUCAGGAUCUUGAAAGAUUUGAAAUAAUGUAUCUUAAACUUAUGUGGUAUAAAAAUAUUUUUAUAUAUUAAGCAACACAAACAAGCAUUUUGUAUUUUAUUUGCCUCUGUACUAAUGUUUAAUAAUGACCAAAGUGCAUUCUGGUUUUUGAAAGAAUGUAUUACUGGAGCUUUAAGAACACACUGUCUUUAGUUUCUCAUGUGAAAACUUCAGCUGCAUCUGAUCUGUUUCUUCUUUCUCUGUUGUUUGAUGUUGGGAUUGUUUUUGAAAAUUAAGUACAUUUUAUACACAGUUUUUUCCAAAUUAUGGUACAGACCUACACAGAACUUUAAUUUUGCACAAAAUAUAUUUUAAGAAUAAAAAAAAACAUCAGGAGUUGUAUGUGUGAUAAAAGACAAGGCUACUGCUUUUUACAGCCUGUUACAAAACCAUUCUUGACUCUAGAAUGGAGUUAUUUUUAGACAUGUAAAAUGGUCAAUAUAGGGCUCUCAUUACCUUAAGAAGAGAGGGAGGAAAAACAAUGUGGUUUUGGUUGAAGGUGAAAUUAGUUUAACCAUGUAUACCUCAGCAACUAGCACUGUGCUGGAUUGUUGCACUAAUAAACGGCGGCUUGGGGAGAGUAAAAGAUUUGUGAAAUGAAAUUAAAAGGAAUAAAAACCUUUUUUUUUUUGCUACCAUUAGGUAUAUUCAUUAUGGUAAAAAUGGAAGAGGUUCAUUUUCCAUCCCUCAAUAUGGAAAAAUCCAGAAUGAGAAUAGAGGCAAGUAGAAAUAUGGCAGAUCUUGAGUGUUAACUGUUAUUUUUUUGCCACAUGUUUUGUAACUUGAAAGUGUGAUCAGGCUUGGAAUAAAGCUUUCUAUGGUUGAUGGUGAAAGACAAAAGAAA